AUUAUUGAUGCAAAUUUUUAGGUUAAUUUGAAAUUUUAAAUGGAUUUUUAAUCAUGUCGAAGAGACUUGGAGGUUCAAAUUUUUUUAAAUCAAAUGAAGUUAAAAAACCUAGAAUUGAAAUAGAACAACCUGCUGUUAAAAAUCCUAGUCCAAAUGACGAUGUUUGGGGUGAAGAUUUUGAUGAAGAUAUUUUGACACAAUUAGAACAAAGUCAAUCAAUGUGCUUACCGUCGUAUAGUGAAUUCCAGAAAAAAGAUCAAAUAAUAACAUCCACAUUUAAACAUGAUUUCGCUAUUCCAAGUACAAGUAAAACAAUAUCGUCAUCUAAAAAUUUACCAGCAAAUAAACCAUCAAUUGCUAACAUUCCUCAAAAAUCAACGAAUAAUUUUAUUUUUCAAUCAAACAGUCACUUGACUUUUAAAAGAAAUUCAAGUAUCGAGAAUUUAAAUUCAACUCAAACCAUAAUUUGUAAUAAUGAAGCGAAAAAUGUAUCAAAUGAUUUAUUGAAAGAAAUUGAACGACUUAAAGAUGAAAAUAAAAAACUUUCGGAAAAGUUUAUCACAAAAGAAGGCGAGGUAACAAUUUUACGAAAUCAAUUGAAACAAACACAGAAAACAAUUGAUACUAUACGAAUUGAAAAAAUGCAAUCAUUGGAAAAACAGAAAAUUGAAUGGUCUGAAAAAAUAUCGGCUUUAAAUACUAAUUUAAAUUCUGCUAAAUCUGAAUUAGAAAUUAAGAAUUUGGAAGUGAUGACAUUAACAAAUCGUUGCAGAAGUUUAGAAAGUGCUACAGUGAAAAAAAUUAAUAUUUUAUCACAAUCACAAGCUGAUAAUGGAUAUCGACAAAACGAUGAUUUUUCGUCACGAUUUAAUGCAUCAUUCACUGGCAAUAGUAAUAUCAGAAGACAUAUAUCACUCAGUACAAAGUCUAUUCAAACCCAAAACAUAAUGAAAGUAUCACGUACGGAUAUGUUUACAUUUUAUCCUCUAAGAAAAGAAAUACCGGAAGAUAUUUUUAGAUUACAUCCAAACAUAAGAAUAUUAAAUGAUAAUAAUAAUGUAAAUAUUCAAAGCUCGAAGGAAGAUCAUGAAGUUGGUAAAUAA